UAAGCUAUAUAUAUCCCCCCACCUCCUCCUCAUUCCCCUUCUCUCUCUCCUUUUCUCUCGCUCACUCAUCAAUCCUCAUUCCUCAUUCCUCAUUCCUCAAUCAUCAUCCCUUCUUUCCUUCUUCCUUCUUCCCUCUGCAAACCAAAAUUUCACCCCCAAAACCCACGCCCCCAAAAUUAGGGUUUCUCGCCGGGAAUGUGAUUCAGCGAGGACGCGGCAGGAGCGAGCGAACAUCAAUGGCGGAGAAGAGAUUCGGCGUGAUAGGAUACGCGCUGGCGCCGAAGAAGCAGAACAGCUUCAUCCGCGACUCGCUGGUGAGUCUGGCGAAAUCGCGAGGCGUGGAACUCGUGCGCGUCGACUCGGAGAAGCCCCUCGCGGAUCAGGGCCCCUUCGAUUGCGUCCUCCACAAGCUCUACGGCGACGAUUGGAAGCGCCAGCUCCGAGAGUUCCAGAGUCGGUACCCUAAUGCGGUGAUCCUGGACGCGCCGGAAGCGAUCGAGCGCCUCCACAACCGAAUCUCGAUGCUGCAGGUGGUGUCGGAGCUCGAAAUCGAGGACCGAAGCGAAACCUUCGGGAUCCCGAAGCAGAUUGUGAUAUACGACAAGGCCACGCUGGUGGACCCGCAGGCGUGGGAGAGCCUCAAGUUUCCGGUGAUCGCGAAGCCGCUCGUCGCCGACGGCAGCGCGAAGUCGCACAAGAUGGCGCUCGUGUUCACGCGGGACGCGCUCAACAAGCUGAAGCCGCCGAUCGUGCUUCAGGAGUUCGUCAACCACGGCGGCGUCAUCUUCAAGGUGUACGUCGUGGGCGAGCACGUGCGGUGCGUGAAGCGCAAGUCGCUCCCCGACGUAUCCGAGGAGAAGGCGCUCGGCGUUUCGGAGGACCUUCUGUCGUUUUCGCAGGUCUCCAACUUGGCCAACCACGACGCUGUAAACGACAGCGACGGGUAUUACCAGUUGAUGCAUUUGGACGACACCGAGAUGCCCCCAAACGCCUUCGUCGUCGACAUCGCCAGGGGCCUCAGGCGCGCCCUCAAGUUGAAUCUCUUCAACUUCGAUGUCAUAAGGGACGCUCGAUUCGGGAACCGCUACCUCAUCAUUGAUAUUAACUAUUUCCCUGGCUACGCCAAAAUGCCUGGCUACGAGGCCGUUUUGACCCAGUUUUUCUGCGAUGUAAUGCUCCAGAAACACCAUCAGGGGGAGCCUCAAGUGCAGGUUCUAAGCAAUGAGGGUGACGUUCCCGUUUCGCCUAACGAGAAAGAGGAAUCUCUUCAAGUUUAAAAUAGUUUUGUCUCACGAAUGUGUUUCUGGUUCUGUCGGUGUCGUUGGUGGUUGGUGGCUUUUGGAUAACCAGAAUUUCCCCACUGGACCCAUUCGCCUCAUUGGUUGGUUGGCACGAGUUACACAUUUCGAUUUAGAUUGCACUUGGUACAGUAGGCUUGUCUGUUGCUAGUUUUUUUAACCCUCUUAACAACAUGUAUAUUCCAUCAACCAUUGCUCUCUGGAGAUAGGUACCCUUUUUCAAAUACCCUCAAGAUUUAGGAAACUUGUAUUUUGCGGCUUAACAUUACUAAGCUAGAAACUGUUUUACUUUGUGCCUGUGUAUUUUUUUGUUUUGUUUGACUCAAUAACUUUAUUUUCCCCAUUUUGCCAAUCAUUUUGGAUAACAUGCUUUGGUUACAUUGAUUCUA